AUGGCAGCAGGAGGAGGUUCACUCAGGAGGAGCAGUGAGGCGGAGCUUAGGGGUCNGCCUCCUCUUCGUCAGGAGCCUCCUCUUCAUCAGGUGCCUCUUCAUCAGACCCCUCCUCUUCAUCAGAAGCCUCCUCUUCGUCAGGAGCCUCCUCUUCGCCAUGAGCCUCUUUUUCGUCAGACCCCUCCUCUUCAUCAGACCCCUCCUCUUCAUCAGGAGCCUCUUCAUCAGACCCCUCCUCUUCGUGAGGAGCCUCCUCAUCAUCAGGUGCCUCCUCUUCAUCAGACCCCUCCUCUUCAUCAGACCCCUCCUCUUCAUCAAGUUCCUCCUCUUCAUCAGACCCCUCCUCUUCAUCAGACCCCUCUGCUGAGUGCCCCACGCCUUGCCAGACACAGGCAGAGCUACAAAUCUGCCCUCUCUUAUGAUGAUGAGGAAGAGGAGGAGGAAGAGGAGGAGGUCCAGGUGAGGCGGGGUUCAGCAGGAGGAGCGUGGCCCCCCAACUAUCCUCUCGGAGACCUGGGGAAGGCCUUCUCCGCCUCCUCGCCCUGCGUCAUAGAUCCACAGACCUCUCCUUCUAUAUCCUCCUCUUCCUCUUCCUCUUAUGCAUCGGAAAGGAAGCUCCCGAAGAUUUACGUCCAGGGUGUGGAGGAGGAAAGGCCGGGAGGACAGGGGCCAAACCCUGGGUCUGUUCCAGGGGAAGGGUCCUCCACCAGACGGAGCCUCCCUUUAGAGGCGGAGCACUUCACCCCAUCCUCUGACAGAGAUACGGGGGCGGUGCCUCGCCGUGAUGGACCCAAAUACGCUUACCCUGUCCUCCUGGGGCCCGAUCAGAGCGGAGGUCAGAGGCCCUCCUCCAGCCACAGCAGCAUCUUCUCCCCCUCCUCUGACCCAGAGUUCUCCAGCAACAACUGGCCGCCGUCGGGCUCCUCCAGGGGGUCCGGGUGGAACAGCAGCUGUGAAGAGCUACAGGCAAAACCAGGUGCGGUUAGGGGCGGGUCUAAAAUCCAGGAAGUACUCCACCGAGCCCAGGGGCAAAAACUGGAGUCGCAACAUGCCGACAGCCAUUUCCAUGACCACCAGGAACCAACCGGUUAUUUGCCACCAUUCCAUCACUUAAACGACAAUCUCCAUGACGACCACAACUCUACAGUUGGUGUGGUGCCCUGGCAUCUUUCCACAGGAGAUCUCUACGACGACCGAGAAGACGCAGAGUCCAGCGAAGGCUCCGCCUCCUCGCAGCCGCGGCGGGGGGGCGCUCGGCGAAUCAGCAGCCAGCUGAGGAGCAGGAUGUGCCGCAGCCUGGGAGCCGACCUGGACCAGAUCCUGCAGGAGGAGGCGCGUGCGGGGGGGGGGAGCGAGGCGGCCCGUCUGAACCGCCUCCACCUGAUCUCCUCGUCUCUCAGCCUGCGAUACGACCUGUCCACCUCCUCCCUGUCGUCCUGCUCCCCCCCCCAGCUGCCACAGCCUGGCAGACCUGGGGGAGGUCAGAGGGGGGAGGAGGAGCUCCACCUGCACCCCCGCCUCCAACACCAAUGACCAGGAAGGGCCCACUAGACAGUCCCUGGUUCCUCUGGAGCCCAAGGAGCACGCCUGGCUGGUGAAGGGCGCGGCGGGGGCCUGGCCCGACAUCUACACCCUCUUCAGAGAGGAC